AUGACACCCGCGCCGGCGCGCGGCCGGUACCGAGGGAUGCAACCCGGCGGUUGGGUUCUGAACCCGGUGCGCACGAGCGACUGCCGGCCCGGCCCGCGCUGCGACCGCGUGGCGAAGGAGCCCGCCGGACCCUGGUCUCAGGGCGCGACGGCAGGCAUCUCGGCCGUUUUGGCGCGAUGCUGUCUCACCUGUUCAGCGGUGGAAGCCGCCGGCAGCGAUGUGCCCACUGACUGGCGCGGCGGGAACUCACCCGGCUCGUCUACGGGAGGCAGGGCGGAUGGGCUCUGCGCUCGGGUUCACCCGCCCGGACUAGAUGAACGCGCGGCCGGAGGUCCAGGGAAGAGCCCCGAGAACGAUCGCGCUUCCUCGGAGAACAAAACCCGCGUCUGGCAUGUUCCCUGUGCAUCCUUGGUACCUGUGUGCUGUGUGGCAUGUGGUUUUAAAAUGGAGCACUUCGAUGCAUCACUUAGCACCUAUUUCCGGGCAUGGCUCGGCCCCCGAGAUACUCGAGUAAAAGGAUGGUUUCUUCUGGACAAUUAUGUCCCCACCUUGGUCUGCUCCAUUCUGUACUUGCUAAUCGUGUGGCUGGGACCAAAAUAUAUGAAGACGAGGCAACCGUUCUCCUGCCGGGGGAUUUUAGUGGUGUACAACCUCGGACUCACUCUGCUGUCUCUCUAUAUGUUCUGUGAGUUAGUGACGGGAAUAUGGGAAGGCCAGUACAACUUCUUCUGUCAGGGCACACGCAGUGGAGGAGCAGCCGACAUGAAGAUCAUCCGCGUGCUGUGGUGGUACUACUUCUCCAAGCUCAUCGAGUUCAUGGACACCUUCUUCUUCAUCCUCCGCAAGAACAACCACCAGAUCACGGUCCUGCACGUGUACCACCACGCCAGCAUGCUGAACAUCUGGUGGUUCGUGAUGAACUGGGUCCCCUGCGGCCACUCUUACUUUGGCGCCACACUUAACAGUUUCAUCCACGUCCUCAUGUAUUCGUACUACGGCCUGUCGUCCAUCCCGUCCAUGCGGCCAUACCUCUGGUGGAAGAAGUACAUCACGCAGGGGCAGCUGCUUCAGUUUGUGCUGACCAUCAUCCAGACCAGCUGUGGGGUCGUCUGGCCGUGCACCUUCCCUCUCGGUUGGUUGUAUUUCCAGAUUGGAUACAUGAUUUCUCUGAUCGCCCUCUUCACAAACUUCUACAUUCAGACCUACAACAAGAAGGGGGUCUCGCGGAGGAGAGAGCACCAAAGGGACCACCAGAACGGCUCUGUGGCCGCCGUGAAUGGCCACACCAGCAGCUUUUCUUCCCUGGAGAACAAUGUGAAACAGCGGAAGCAGCGGAAGGACUGA